GUCUGGGACAGGUAGCACGUCCGGUGAACAGGUCAGGGUUCCAUAGCCGCAGGCAGAACAGUUGACACUGGAGCAGCAGCACGGCCAGGUGGACUGGGGACAGCAAGGAGUCAUCAUGCCAGGUCGUCCUGGCAAUCAGUUGCUAGUGUUUUAAGUCAAUCGGGUGAUCUGGAUACACUCAUUGUGAAGAAGGUGGAUUUUAGUGGCAUUUAUAGCCACAGUGAUUAAUUGUACAGCAUAAGUGUCUAAGAAGUCAAAUAGCCUGGAUAUCAUUAUAUCUGCAACUGAGAAGUUUUUGGGGCUCCAGGACUUCAUGUCAGAAACACUACAAGGACUUUUGUUGCUAGGAAAUGUCCCACCCUCACAGGAGGCUUCUGAACCUGUGUUGGGACCUGAUUAAAAAACGUUUAGUUUUUUUUACAGAAAAGCAGGUUCCUUUUGUUGUUGUUUUUCUUUUUUUUCCUUCUUUUUUUUACCCAAAUGUUUUAUUUUUGCGGAUGGAUCCUUAUUACCCACCCGCACAGUUGGUGGCCGACGGUACAUUUGAUUGUUACGCCAUUAUACCAUAGAAGUAGAAGAAAAAGCUGGUCACUGGCUUGCAGUGGAAGAAGAUGGAACGAGAUGGAUUUUGGCCGAGAUUCUGCACAUUUUCUCAUCGAUUAAACAUUUGAUCUCAAUAUAAUCUUAUGAACAGAGUGGACUAAGUUGUUGACUUUACCCUUUGCAAAAUAAAAUAAAAAACGCGUUGUUUAGAACGAGUGCAAAGGUGAAUUGAGUUAUUGCACAAGAGCACUUCACAAAGGAGGCGUUCCCUAAUGGCAAUAUGCAGAUGAUUUUGUUACUAACCUAGUAAUAGUUUAAUGAUUAUGUUGACAAAUAGGAUCUCGCUAGCACGUGCUUGGCUCUGCCCAUUAUGACUAAUUUGUUCCCAUUGGAAACGACAAUCUAUGGUCAAUAUUGGUUUAGUUAUACAAAUAUUUGGUAUUACCGGCUGGGCACAUCAAUCCUAGAUGAUAGUGCAGAUCUAGCGGCUACUAUCGGCUUUAAUAUGAAAACACAGGGACAUUAUAGCACAGAUAGAACAUUGAGGUUUAGUUAUAAAACAUAUUUAAUGAUUGUAAUAGAGAUGAAGCUGACCUGCUGCCCAAUUGAUCAUUAAUCAGCUGUCCACAACUAACAGAUCCGUGCAAUUUGGAUAUAUACGCACUAACCUGCAAAUGUCAGCAUGGCAGACUGUGCUCUUUUUCCGAUUCAGAGUUUAUUAAUUUAUUUGAGACGAUUGUAAGAAUUAAUUGUUAUCAAUCUGCCUUUGUUGUCGUUAUUCUGUCUGAAAUAAUUGCGAAUGCUGUCACCAAAAACCCACUUCCGGUGUGUCAGAACGGGAAAAGUAGGCGUUUCGAGAUGUGGUAUUUUCUGUUUGUGGUAGUAGGGAGAUAACCAUAGUAACGGAUACAAGCGCACAUAGGGAGGUCUGAGGCAAACACAGACGUCGGUGUUUUUGUGAGGCAUCGACUAUAGUUACUUUCUUCUAUGUAUUUAUAAUAUUUGUUAUGUCAACUAACUGAAACAUUUCAGUUGUACACGCGGAACUCUGUAAAGCAGGUAUUUUUUGCACAAACGCGUUUGCAAUGCUUGCAUCGGAGGCUGCAAUGACUAAAAGUUAUUUGACAACUUCAACUGGAUCGAAAGCCAAAGUGCAUCGAAGAAAACAUGCGAUCCCAGUUAUCAAACAUAUACCAAAAGACAAUGAUCAAGAGAAACAGUUGGUUCUCACUAAACCUAUUGAACUCAGUCGUGUGAUACAUUUUCUUGAGGAUCCUUUAGCAGCUACUUUGAAAGAGAGACAGAUUUUUGCUUUGAAGAAAGUAGUGCAGAGAUGUCAAAAAGGCUUUCUUUUGAAAGAGUUGGCAGAUGUUUUUAAGAUUUUAUAUAUCUGUGCUGAGAAGUCCAAAGAUCAUCCUGAAUAUACUUCAGUGCUAUGUGACUUACUGAAGAUUUGUCGGCUUCCUUUCCUAAAGGAAAAGACCUCUGAUGAAGUGACCUACGCACAGACUGUCAAAGAAUCAUUCUCUCAGAUGGGGUUUCUGAUGAGGGUGCCAAACGCUGAAGUGAGGAACCAAAUCUGCCACUCUAUUAUAUCCGUGUACAGCUCUGUGACAUCAAAACACAGUGUGGAUGGUAUGGACAGUCUUUCAAAGCCUGCAGCUGCCUCAAAGCCAGCUGUUGCCUCUCACAGAUUCUCUAAACAGUCAAUGAGACUCCACCCUACCAGCCUAGGCUACAGGGUGCAGCUGUUGGAGCAGAGUGGGCUGGCUGAGACUCUGGUCCUGUCCAUGGCCCUCCUGGAGAACCAGCCUGCAGUCAAGCUCCAGGUCCUACAGACUCUUCAGAUGCUCUCCAGCUCAUCUGAUGUGAACUGUAGCCUAAUAUUAAAGGCACAGGGGGCACAGCAGAUCUGUUUCCAUAUGAAUGAGCCAGACCCUUCAGGGCAAGUCCUGUUCCGCUCCUCGGAGAUCCUAUGGAACUUGCUGGAGAGAGGUUGCAAAGAGGAGGUUACAGCCCAAUUGAGCAACAUGGACUGUAUUAUGGCUCUGAAAGAAGCAUUUUUGCACCAGCUGCUGAAUGGCUUUCGACAUUACGACUUCCAACUCAGGAAUGAUCUACUGGUGAUCACAACUCUCAUAGCUGAAAACCCCAAAUCUCCACUCAUUGAGAGUUUAUUUGCCAAGCAGCUCAUUCUUUUUGUUACAUUUCCAGAACUCAAGAGUCACAACCCGUUGGUCCGCAACCUCAAGCUAUCCUAUAACAAUGAAGAUUUUGAGAUGAAAAGGUUGCUACUAAAUCUGGUUGUUGUCAUGUCAAAAGACUUAUCUGCUCUGCAGCUGUUCAAAGAGGGCCAUGUUGUCCUGGCCCUGCUCCACCUAGUGAAGCCCACUGCUGCUCCUCCUGAAGGCCAGUCAGGGCCACGCAACUGGACCCCUGUCCAGCAGGAGGAGCUGCAACUGCAGGCUCUGGCCACUCUGGCCACCGUGGCUCCACUGAUGCUGGAUGACUAUAUGAUCUGCCAGGGAAACACCUGCCUUCUGCUGCUGCUGGAGUGGUGCACUGAGCAAGAUGCCUACUUUGGACAGGGCCAUAGUUUCCAUGGCACUGGAGGGAGGGGCAGUAAGAAGGCUCAGAUGCGUUACUGUGUGAGGCUGCUGAGAUCCAUGGCGUCUCUAGGCAACGAAGCAAUCAACCAGGACCUUUUUGAUCAAGGAGCCAUCAGCCAGCUGCUUGUGAUAAUUAUGCAGAUGGAGGGGAGUCCUGAGGAGGAGGACGUUAUUACCUUGGAGAUCAAGGCUGACAUUCAGCUGAUCCUGUCAGCACUCUGCGAGAACAAUCCACACAGAAAGGAAUUGUUUGGAUCGGAAGGAGUUGAGAUGACGGUGCAUUUCCUCAAGAUGAGCACUGAGAAGUUCUACAGUGGCCUGGGACACAACAAACUCAUCCUCUCCACCGUGGAUUGUGUCUGGUCCUGUAUCGUUGGAUGCUACACCACAGAAGAUGUGUUUUUGGAAAAAGAAGGCAUUUUCCUUCUGCUUGACUUGCUUCAUUCGAGCCCUAGGAACAUGCAAAACGUGGUCCUUGGAACACUGCUGGAGCUGUGUGACAACCCCAAGACGAUGUCUCACAUCCUGGCCUGGCGAGGGCAGAAGAGCCUGACCACCCCGGGGCUACUCUUACAGCUCUGGAGGCAGGAAGAGGCAGAGCUGGGGGUGAGCAGAGACCUCUAUGGAAGGAUCUCAGAUCCCAAGAAGCCUAUUCUGUGUUAUUACCAAGAGGAGGAUGAUUCCCAGGUAUCACUGCCUGCUAACAGGCCUAGUGCUGCAGUGAUGGAUGUGUCUGAGAACCUUCGCUCCAAGAUCUACUCUGUCUUCUGUAAACUUGGGUUUGAAGCCCUGCCUGGAUUGUCAACAGAAGAUUAUAUCACCCUAAGCAUUGUCACCAGAUAUCUGGACUUUAAGGUUGGCGAGGUGUGGGAUGAGAUCUCCAAAGAGUUGAGCCUGGAGGGAGUGAGACCAGUCACCCCUGACGAAGAGGCCCUGGAUACCAUUGCUAAGAUGACGGAGGACACAGCCAGGAGAGUCAUCACACAGCAGAGCAGCAUGCUGGAGCAACGGGAUAAGGAGGACGUCAGUGAGGAGAAACGCAUGUAUACAGAGAUACGUUCCAACUGGAAACAGCAGGAGCUUACAGCCCAGUCUUGGGAGCAUUUUGUGGCGAAGACAUCAAACUACAAGAUUUUAAAGGAGACAAAAGAGCAUCAGGAGAGAUCUAUUGACUCAUCCAGACCUAAAUCAAAGCAUAAGGAAACUAUAUUCCAUCCUACACAAAUUCAUGGCUUACAAAUUACAAAUUUCUGUGGGCGGGUGAUGACUGUAGAGAGCACUCCAGCCCACCUGACAGGAGGGCCGCUGGCCAAUACAGAGCUGGCACUGGAGAGGGUGCCCAUCCAGGGUGGAGCCCUUAGGAAACUCCCCACUGCCACUGAGGACCCAGAGUAUUUCAACACAGUUUCAGUCAAAUAAAUACCCCACCUCCUCUUAUAGCUUUGCUCAGUGUUCGUUCACUAUUUACUACAGGUCUCCAUGUACAAUUUGGUGUGUUAGCUUCAGAGUGAACAUACAGACAGGAAUUCAUCAAUCCAGCAUGAACAACCAAAAUUAGACUACUAGUAUCUACUAGGAACAGAUAUUAAUGGAUGGAUUAAACAGAUUUUAAAUUAUUAAAAUUGUGCUGUAAUUGAAUUUUGUCAUUGUGCCUAGGACUUUUUUUUGUGUGUGUGGAAUUUAGCAAUAUUUAAAUAUUGAUGUAGCAAUCGACAGAAUUCACAUCAUUUGUGAGGAUAUCACCUCAUUUUGACCUUCAGUGCACAAGGUGUUUCAUUUGUGAUGUCAGAGAUACAUUUUAUGAUGAAGAUUCUACUUGGUGCUCACAUGUUUCGUGAUGGUAUAAACUAUUUUGUGAUGUGAUUAGCAGUUUACAUCAAGACCAGUAUGUUACCAGCAUCUGCUUUUGGCAAUAAUGUUUCAAUUUACUGAGUGUGCAGGCUGACGGAUGAAGUCAUUUAGGAGGCCACAAUCAGCAUCCUGUUGUCUACCUCCCCCUCCGAAUUGACUGCCUUUUGUGGCCAAACUGAACAUGACUACACAUGUUUGUACUCUGCAGACUAUAGACAAAGACCCAUACUAAACAAGGCAACUAGUGUGUCAAGAUGGGGAAGAUGGCGCUUUCCUGCUUUCCUUUGGUUUGAAAAUAUUGUUCCCAUAAAGGAAAUGUCUUUGCUUGUACUGUGGUCAGGCUACUAGUUCUGGAUGUGUUGGAUGAAGAUAAAAAAAUUUCCCCCCACAUAAUGAAAGGUUAUAUACCACUUUCCAGUACACGACACACUGACGUCAUGCACAGAUGCGUGUGACUUUUGGCGGCAGUGAGAAAGCCUUUGCCAUCAUACUCCCAUUCAACAAAGCCUAGAUUUAUGUUUUUAUUACUUCUGAACAAAAUCAUUUUUUGGGGUUGUCAUACGCUUACAAUAAUGUUUUGAUUCUUGCUUGAACAGUCGCAAAGAUUAUAUUUGGUUGUGAUCUUUGCAAAAUAACUA